AAGGCCGUCAGUGCCGGGCGGAGUCUCGCUCGCUCUGCCGUGGGGGCGGGGUAAAACAGACCGCUUGGCCCCCGCGCGGGAAAUCCGUCCCGGAAGGCGCGUACUGCAGGGGGCGACGAGGGUCCGGGGGGGGGGGGCGCAGCCAUCUUUGUUGGGGGCAACGCGCGAUGCCCAAAUCGUGCGCGGCGCUUCGGUGCAGUAACCGCUAUAGCAGCCGCUGCCGGCAGCAGCUCACCUUCCACAGGUUCCCGUUCAGCCGGCCCGAGCUGCUGGCGCGCUGGGUGGGGAACAUCGGCCGCGGCGAUUUCCAGCCCAGCUCGCACACGGUGCUCUGCUCGCAGCACUUCCAGCCUGACUGCUUCAGCGCCUUCGGCAACCGCACCAACCUCAAGCCCAACGCCGUGCCCACCCUCUUCGCCUUCCCCCGCACGGCCAGGGGCAGCGCUAGGGGUGCCAAGCAAAUCAGGAAGAAGAGCCCUCUACAUGAUGCUGAGGAUUCCAAAUUGCCUAAGGACUUUACAAGGACAGAGAAAGGAAGGAGAUUAGAUGAAGAAACUGUUCUACAUCAAGAGCCCCAACCCAGUAGAACAGAGGAACCAAUAGAAGAGGUUAGCACAACUAAGGCAACAGAAGUGGAGGGCUGGCUGCUGCAAUCCAGGCCCCCAGUGCAGAGACACCACCCAGUUCAGACCUCAGAUCACAACUAUGCUGUCAGUGACUGUGCUUCCUUAAAACAAAAACUUUUCCAGGCACUAGAGGAAAAUGAAAAACUACAAAAAUGCCUGAAGGUUAAAAGCCUGGCACUGAGGAGGAUGUUUGUGCGGCUCCAGGCCUGCAAAAAGGAGCAGCAAAAACACCAGGCCAGACAGCCUAGGGGGAGGGAACAGGGCCUGACUUUCUGAACACUCAUCUACCAGCAAGAACUGUGGUUCGACAGGCUGCAGGCUAGAGUACUUUAAUAGAGUGAGUAAUGUACUCAUUAUUGUUUCUGAUGAGCAUAGCUUAAAGUUCACGUACCUCAUAACUACCCAGCAUGCACAUGGUCAAAUGAGAGCUAGCAAAGGGAGCUUGGCUGAGAAAUAGAUUGUAAAAAAUUCCCUAAACCUGCACUUCUUGCCUCAGCAGUUUUAAUUUAAAUGCCUUUAUAAUAAAGUAAAAAGUGCCAGCUGUAUAUGGGUGUGUGAGAAGAGACCCUGGGAACUUUUCUGGCAAUUACAUUUAGUUAAGCUAAUGUUAAGUCAUAGAGACAUUGUUUUUUCAAGGUGUGACGUAAUUCCAAAGUUGUAGAACUACUGCAUGAGCCAGAGACCACUUUUGUAAGUCAUGGUGGUAGCUCUCUUCUCCCCAUCCCACCAUUCUGUAUAAUUUAUAUGAAAAUAGAUUUUCAUGACAGCAAAAACUGUAUUAUAACUAUUUACAUCAGGCAAACAUCAGUGAGAGGGUAAAUGAUUUUAUUCUUGUAUAAAGUUAAUGAAUUAUU